AUGGCCUCAACCUCAACCAAGGUUGGCCACUCUUUGGCCAGAGUGCUUGGUAUUGAUAUCAACCAGAACCAAGAAAAGGACGAUGCCAUCACACGAGGCGAAUCCACCUAUUCCGUCAACACCGCCGAUACCUAUGUCGAGGAGGAACCUCAUACCAUUGACUGGCUGAAGGACCUUGUCCCUGACAGAAAACAAGUCGUCAGCUACAUCUGGAGCCUGUUCCCUUUCACUCACUGGAUCUUGCGGUACAAUCUUCAAUGGUUUUUCGGAGAUCUGGUCGCCGGUAUCACGGUCGGCUGCGUUGUUGUACCCCAGGGCAUGGCUUAUGCCAAGCUGGCCGAAUUGCCUGUUGAGUUUGGACUGUACUCCUCCUUCAUGGGUGUCCUCAUCUAUUGGUUUUUUGCGACGUCCAAGGAUAUCACGAUCGGUCCCGUUGCCGUCAUGUCGACCAUUGUGGGCAAUGUUGUCAACAAAGUUGCCAUUGAGCACCCCGAAAUCCCCGGCUACGUUGUGGCCUCUGCACUUGCCAUUAUCUGUGGUGCGAUUGUCGCCUUCAUUGGCCUGAUUCGCGCGGGAUGGAUUGUUGACUUCAUCCCCUUGACCGCCAUUUCAGCCUUCAUGACUGGCUCCGCCAUCAGCAUUGCUUCGGGUCAAGUCCCCACCAUGAUGGGUAUCAAGGUCACAGGAUUCAACACUCGCGACCAUACUUAUAUGGUCAUCAUCAACACGUUGAAAUAUCUCGGACACACCAAGAUUGAUGCUGCUAUGGGCUUAACCGCCUUGUUCCUCCUAUAUCUGAUCCGAUAUGGCUGCGCAUUUUUGGCCCGGAAGAACCCCAGCAGAGCAAAGACUUUCUUCUUCAUCUCCACCCUCCGGACAGCUUUCGUCAUCCUUCUCUAUACCAUGAUCAGCUGGUUGGUCAACCGACACCAUCGUGAGAAGCCUAUUUUCGCAAUCCUGGGCAAGGUGCCACGAGGUUUCCAACAUGCAGCAGUGCCAACCGUUAAUACAGAGAUCAUCAGCUACUUUGCUCGCGAACUUCCUGCCUCCGUCAUUGUCUUGUUAAUUGAACACAUCGCUAUCUCGAAGUCCUUCGGUCGAAUCAACAAUUAUACCAUCAAUCCUUCCCAGGAACUUGUUGCUAUUGGUGUCACCAACCUCUUGGGUCCUUUCCUUGGUGCCUACCCGGCGACAGGUUCUUUCUCCAGGACUGCUAUCAAAUCCAAAGCUGGCGUCAGAACUCCAUUUGCUGGUGUCAUUACUGCGGUUGUGGUUCUUUUGGCCAUCUACGCUCUUCCCGCCGUUUUCUUCUACAUACCGAGUGCCUCGCUGUCAGGCGUCAUUAUUCACGCUGUGCUUGACCUGAUCACUCCACCCAAGACAGUCUACCAAUUCUACCGCGUCAACCCUCUAGAGGUCAUCGUGUUCUUCGCCGGAGUUUUCGUCACUAUUUUCUCUUCCAUCGAGAAUGGUAUUUACACUACUAUUUGCGUCAGUGUGGCUAUUUAUCUCUUCCGCGUCGUCAAGGCUCGAGGACACUUUGUUGGUAAAGUCAAGAUUCACUCCGUCAUUGGUGACCAUUUGUUGGAAGAUAAAUUCCACGAUGGACGCCGAGCGUCGGAUGAACGUGACGAGCGCAACAUCUUCUUGCCACUGGACCAUGGCGAUGGCUCAAACCCAGACAUCAAUGUUGAAUCGCCCUACCCUGGUAUCUUUAUCUAUCGUUUCAGUGAAGGCCUCAACUAUCCAAACGCAAACCACUACACAGACUACUUGGUCGAAUACAUCUUCAAGCAUACCCGUCGAACGAACCCCGACUCCUGGCCACGUCCUGGUGAUCGACCCUGGAAUAAUCCCGGCCCUCGCCGAGGUCAAGUGGAACAAGUCAAUGACGGCCUUCCCACAUUGAAGGCCAUCAUUCUAGAUUUCUCCACCGUCAACAAUGUUGACGUGACAAGUGUUCAGACCCUGAUUGAUGUCCGCAAUCAACUUGAUCGCUACACCACUCCAGACGUGGUUCAAUGGCAUCUUGCCUCCGUCAACAACCGCUGGACCAAGCGUGCACUUGCUUCAGCUGGCUUUGGCUAUCCCACCCUUCCAACUGAGGAGUAUGCCCGAUGGAAACCGAUUUUCAAUAUUACAGAAAUCGGGGGUAGCAGUUCUGCUGCUGCUGCGGCAGAAGCGGAAACGAACAGAAGGCUGUCGCAUGCGCGUGACGAGGAAAUUGGCCGACCUUUGAGCAAGUCCGAGAAUAUCGCGGCCAGCAAGCUUCGUGAUGACUCCAGCUCUGGCAGUAACCACGACAUUCAACGGCAACUCAGCAAUAGCAAGGCAUAUCACAGGACCAACGUGUCGAAGAAGGCCGUCGUUCACAGCCUCAACCGCCCUCUCUUCCAUAUUGACCUGACAAGUGCGCUGGAAUCUGCCAUCGCCAAUGUCCAGGCACAGGAGAGAAGUCGAGGCGAGCAAUUCCUGUCUAGGAACAGGGAAGUCGAAACUGACAUCCCCAUCGAAAAAUAG